GGUGGGAGAUGGGAGAAGAGGGGCUCCUACUGGGAAUGAUGUGGAGUGUGUCUGCCUCUCUGUCACUCUGUUUCUGUCGCUGUCUGUCCUCUCCCUUAACUGUAGUUACGUUGUCAAUGUACGUUUCUCACAUUUUCUCAGUCUUUCAUAUUCAGCAUGGUGUGUAUGUGUGGCUUAAAAGAUCAUGCAAGUUUAAUCCUCUCAUUGGUUUUAGAGAAACUAUCCCAUUUAGAAGGCAUUUCCCACCCAUUAGACUGGUGUCGCCUUCCCAUCCAAAGCCAGGGACACAUUCUGUGAACUCAGUACCUUCUCCUAAGGCUGUGCCACCCCUCCCCCACUCUGGAUGUCUCCCAGGUCCUCUGAGCUCUUGCUUUCCCUCAGGAUUUAGGAUUUCAGCAAACAAUGAGAUCUUGAUCCCCCACAAUAAAAGGAGAUGAGGGUGGAGUAAGAGCACUAUCUAUCCCCCCAACAAAUCCUCCUUGGUUUCUUAAGCCAGGUUAGGAAAAACUGGAUUAGGGGGAAGAGAGGCAGAAUUUCCCUGAAGCUCUCUGCCUGGCCCCCUUCCUUGCAAUAGGAAUUGGGCUUGGGGCCGGCUGUGAUGGCAGGGCUCCUGGCAGCUGUGCUAGGGCAAGAGGCACCGACAGGCGAGGUUAAGGGGAGGGGUACUGCCAGGGUUUCUGAUACAAUGGGGAGAGGGAUUCACCCUGCAUACUGGGAUCCCCAUCCAGAGUGGCUGGAAGCUGUGGAAGCGGGAAGGAGGCUCCAUUUCUAACUAAACAACCCAACCUUCCCCCAUUUUCCCACGCCCAGCUAGAUCUCUAUCUGCCAAGGCAACCAGCUUAUUUAUUGUUCUGCCCCACUGGCUUGUCUGUUUCCCUACUGUGUCUGUGGACAUCUUGCCAUUGUCCAACCACUCUCUCCCUAUAACCCAGGCUCCGUGAGUGCCACACAGUGGGGAGGGGGUGGGGGCCAUCAUGUCAUCGUAUCAAAAGGAACUGGAAAAAUACAGAGACAUAGAUGAAGAUGAGAUCCUAAAGACCUUGAGCCCUGAGGAGCUAGAACAGCUGGACUGCGAGCUACAGGAGAUGGACCCUGAGAACAUGCUCCUGCCAGCUGGACUAAGACAACGUGACCAGACAAAGAAGAGCCCAACGGGGCCGCUGGACCGAGAGGCCCUCUUGCAGUACCUGGAACAGCAGGCACUAGAGGUCAAAGAGCGUGAUGACUUGGUGCCCUUCACAGGCGAGAAGAAGGGGAAACCCUACAUCCAGCCCAAGAGAGAAAUUCCAGUGGAGGAGCAGGUCACUCUGGAGCCUGAGCUGGAGGAGGCGCUGGCCCACGCCACAGAUGCUGAGAUGUGUGACAUUGCAGCAAUUCUGGGCAUGUACACACUGAUGAGCAACAAGCAGUACUAUGAUGCGAUCUGCAGCGGAGAAAUCUGCAACACCGAAGGCAUUAGCAGUGUGGUGCAGCCUGACAAGUACAAGCCAGUGCCAGAUGAGCCCCCAAAUCCCACCAACAUCGAGGAGAUACUGAAGAGUGUUCGAAGCAACGACAAGGAGGUAGAGGAGGUGAACCUCAAUAAUAUCCAGGACAUCCCGAUACCCAUGCUAACUGAGCUGUGUGAGGCCAUGAAGACAAAUACCCAUGUCCGGAGCUUCAGCCUGGUGGCCACAAGGAGUGGUGACCCCGUUGCCAAUGCGGUGGCUGACAUGUUGCGUGAGAAUCGUAGCCUCCAGAGCCUGAACAUCGAAUCCAACUUCAUUAGCAGCACAGGGCUUAUGGCUGUGCUGAAGGCAGUUCGGGAGAACGCCACACUCACUGAGCUCCGAGUAGACAACCAGCGCCAGUGGCCUGGUGACGCAGUGGAGAUGGAGAUGGCCACCGUGCUCGAACAGUGUCCCUCCAUUGUCCGCUUUGGCUACCACUUUACACAGCAGGGGCCACGCGCUCGGGCCGCCCAGGCCAUGACCCGGAACAAUGAACUGCGUCGCCAGCAAAAGAAAAGAUAACAUUACCUUUCCCUUUACCAACUAGGGCUCGGAGCCCUGAAAGCUUAAAUCAUCUGUCCCCCCUUUCCUGUAAAUAAAGGCCCUACUGUCCA